CCAAACUUCCUUCCUUUCUUCAUUUUUAUUCUAUCUUCCUAACGCGCGAAAAUAACUAGGAGCGCGGAAAACGCAUGGCCCUCUCCAACGUUGCGCUUUUCGGAGGCGCAUUUCUCACCCCCGUCAUAGCUGGGAAAAUGACCCAUACCUUGGGCUGGGAAUGGACUUUCUACUUCAUUGCGAUCUUUUCUGGCGUCUGUCUGCCAUUCGUCUACUUCUUUGUUCCCGAAACUGCGUAUAAGCGUGCUCAACACCUCAAUACCGACUUUUCAGGGGACGUCGAUCGGCGCACCGCCAGAGCUGCCGCUCGAGAAACUAUUGAGAAAGAAGCAGAUGCCGACUCCGCUGCUGGACCCAGCUCAGCUGCAGUGGCUGCCAACAGUGAUACCGCACAACGAGAUGUACCACGGAAGGUUACAUUCGUCGAAUCACUGGCUCUCUUCAAUGGCCGCAAGACAGAUGAGAGCUUUUGGAAGCUUCUCCUACGGCCAUUCCCUCUCUUCUUGCACCCCAGUAUUGCAUGGGCGUGCCUUAUUCAAGGCGUCAUCAUUGGCUGGACAGUCUUCAUUGGCGUAGUCCUCGCUGCAAUCUUCCUCGGGCCACCACUCUGGUUCACAGAGGAACAGACCGGUUAUCUCUACACAGGCGCCUUCAUAGGAUCCGUCGUCGGCCUUUUCCUGUCAGGCCUCUUCUCGGACUGGUCUGCCAACCUACUCAUCCGCGCCAACAAGGGCAAAUAUGAGCCCGAAUUCCGUAUCUGGCUCGUCCUACCUCAGCUGGUAUUCAGUGGCAUUGGCCUGUUCGGCUUCGGGUUUGCUUCUGGAAACGUGUCCAAGUACGGAUGGGUGAUACCAGAUGUCUUCUUCAUGUUUGUUCUUAUCGGCAUGGUUAUGGGAGCUGUAGCCAGCGCCCUUUACAUUGUUGAUGCUCAUCGUAAGUUGCCUCCCAUUGGCCAUAUCUUUCGUAUCCGUGAAUUGUUGGCUAAUUACGUCCGACAGGUGAAAUUGCCAUCGAGUCAUUCACUUGUUUGCUUGUGUUCAAGAACAUGUUCAGUUUCUUGCUCACUUACUUUGCAUACAACUGGGUGGUUCUAGGCGGAGCCAAGAGGGUCUUCCUUAUCAUUGGCGGCAUCGAAGUAGCUGUCUGUUUGCUCAGUGUACCAAUGUGUAAGAAACCCCAACUUUCGCCCCCCCUUUUUUUACUAUAUCCCAUUUCCUAACUAGGAUAAUUCAUAGAUAUCUUCGGCAAACGUAACCGCUCGUUUUUCCAUCGUCACGACAUUCUCAAGAUGCUUAAUUUGUGGUAGGUUAAUGCUAUUAUGGGCAUAUGUUCAUUAAGAUACCUCAUGUUACUGCUGUUUUGUUUUGCCCCCAUUCUGCUUCCAAGUUGUGCUUGUCCGUUUCAAGAUCUGCAUGGAAUGUCUUGUUAUUGAUUAGACUCGUACCACUUGCUAUCAGUUGCCACUUAGCUGCGAAGUUAUUAUAGGAUGGACACUUACUAGACUUUUUAAUUCAUUUAAUAUAUGCAUUACUAUAUACAGUAUUAAUCAAUACCUAGCUUUGAUCAUGAUUCAUAUCAUAUCUACUUAUCAUCGCUUUCGUCAACCUUCUUCCCUUCAGCCAUUGUACCCUCCUCAUCAACACUGGUCAAUGUAACCAUCCAAACGGAAGGGAUAGCCAGCACCAAUGCCCCGAUACAAAGCCCCCAAUCCAUCGCAAACUGUGUCAACGGGGCCG